AGAUACCGUUCAGUUCCCCCUGGACAGCUGGAUGAAGGUUGCCUUGCCAGAAGCCACAGCAAACAACUACGGAAUUGCCCUAAAACUUGAGUGCCAGGCAGUCAAAUCCACCAGCACCUUGUGAAAAAUUCUAUUGACACAAGAAUCUUAAUUGUUGGUUGUGGCUUCAUUGAUGCAAGCAAUGUGGAAAUCACCGAGAAGUAGAAGUCCCGAACAGCUCCAAACCUGCCGGUUGCUAUGGAGUUUCCUUUUACUAUUAAUUAUUCCACUUACAGAAACAUGGAAACAGAAUCUGCCCAGACUCAAGCUUUCUCAUAAAGGGUAGCUCACACUGCCUCCAUAUGUUAUGCAGAUGUAGAGGGGAGAUUGAUUUGCUGGUCUCCAACAGCUGCAUUCCAUUCCUAGGGUCUGCUGAGGGCUUCGAUUUCCAGACCAUGCUGCUUGAUGAGGAGAGAGGGAAACUGCUACUGGGAGCCAAGGAUCACAUCUUCCUACUUAGCUUGGAUGAUCUGAACAAAAAUAUCAGGAAGAUUCACUGGCCUGGAACCAAAGAAAGAGUUGAAAUGUGUAAAUUGACAGGAAAACAUCCCUUUAGAGAGUGUGCAAAUUUCAUCAGGGUCCUUCAUAAUUAUAACAAGACCCACGCGUAUGUCUGUGGGACUGGAGCCUUCCACCCAACGUGUGGCUUUAUUGAGCUGGGACCCCGGGCAGAGGAGCCAGUGUUUCAACUGGAUUUACAUGGUCUUGAGUCUGGAAGAUUGAAAUGUCCCUUUGAUCCUCAGCAACCUUUUGCUUCAGUGUUAACAGGAGAAUACCUUUACGCUGGUACAGCUUCCGACUUUCAUGGCAGAGAUACUGCUUUCACCCGCUCCCUCGGGCCACCUUCCAACCGGCAUUACAUUCGAACAGACCUCUCUGAGCAUUACUGGCUCAAUGAAGCAAAGUUUAUCAGAGCAUUUUCCAUUCCGGACACCUACAAUACAGAUGAUGAUAAGAUAUAUUUUUUCUUUCGGGAAGCAACAGAGGACAGCAGCACCUCUGACAAGUCCAUUUUUUCUCGGGUUGCACGGGUUUGUAAGAAUGAUGUCGGUGGACAGCACAGCCUCAUCAACAAGUGGACCACUUUCCUUAAAUCUCGUCUGGUGUGUUCUGUCCCAGGUCCCGAUGGGGUUGACACCUAUUUCGAUGAACUGCAGGAUGUGUUUCUGCUCCACACAAAAGAUGAAAGGAACCCCGUUGUUUAUGGAGUCUUCACUACAACCAGUUCAAUAUUUAAAGGCUCUGCAGUGUGUGUGUACAGUAUGGCUGACAUUCGAGCUUCUUUUAAUGGACCAUACGCUCACAAGGAAGGUCCUGACCAUCGCUGGGUGGAGUAUGAUGGACGAAUCCCUUACCCACGACCUGGAACAUGCCCUAGUAAAACUUACGAUCCUUUGAUAAAGUCCACCAAGGAUUUCCCUGAUGAAGUGAUCAGUUUUAUACGGUAUCACCCGGUGAUGUACAAGGCUGUGCACCCAAUGACAGCACGGCCAGUGUUUACCAGGAUCAAUGUGGAUUACCGACUAACGCAGAUUGUGGUGGACCAUGUGAUUGCGGAGGAUGGGCAGUACGAUGUAAUGUUUCUCGGGACAGACAUUGGAACAGUCUUAAAGGUGGUGAGUGUCACAAAAGAAAAUUGGAUCACUGAAGAAGUCGUCCUGGAGGAGCUCCAAGUGUUUAAGGGUCCUUCUCCAAUAUUAAAUAUGGAAAUAUCUUCAAAACAGCAGCAACUGUACAUCGGCUCGAGAGACGGGCUGGUCCAGCUCUGGCUUCAUCGCUGUGACAUCUAUGGCAAGGCUUGUGCUGAAUGCUGCUUAGCCAGAGACCCCUACUGUGCCUGGGAUGGAACUUCAUGUUCUCGCUAUGCACCAGCAUCAAAAAGGCGGACUAGACGCCAAGAUGUGAAGCAUGGGGACCCAAUAAGUCAGUGUUGGGAUCUGGAAGAAAGUAUGAGCAAUGAAGCUGAAGAGAAGCUGAUUUUUGGCAUUGAAUUUAACUCUACUUUCCUGGAAUGCAUCCCCAAAUCCCAGCAAGCAUCCAUACAGUGGUUUGUACUGCGAUCCCGGGAUGAACAUCGUGAGGAGAUAAAAACUGAUGAAAGGAUCAUCAAAACAGAUCACGGCCUUCUGAUUCGUAGUGUGCAAAGAAAAGACGCUGGCCUUUACUACUGCAAAGCUCAAGAGCAAACAUUUACUCACACAAUCAUUAAACUAAAUUUGAAAGUGAUAGAGAACGAACAGAUGGAGAAUGCACAGAAGGCUGAGGAUGAGGAGGGGAAAAGCAGGGAUUUUGCCUCGGAGUCUCGGCUGAGAUACAAGGAUUAUGUGCAGCUGUUGAGCAGUGCCAGCUUCACAGUGGAUGACUACUGCGAGCAGCUGUGGUACCGGGAGAAACGGAGACAGAGGAACAGAGGAGCUGGAAAGUGGAAGCAUGUGCAGGAGAUGAAGAAGAAUCGAAAUCGCCGGCACCACGAGUAGGCUAAUGGUUUGGAGGUAAAACUAAAUCCUGUGGCUUUAAAUUCUAAGGAGACAACAAAGGCUUCAUUGAGUGCUGUUGUACUGUUAUUGCUGUUCCACCUUACAAUGAAAAAGGACUUGCAUUUCCCUGUGAUGAACUCAGCAACAUCAAAACCAAGACAGGGACCUCUUGGUCUGAAACAUUAGUCUUCUUUAUUACAAGGUAUUUACAGCACAGAACCUAUCCAUUUGGCCCAAUAUGCCAUUGUUUAUGCUCCACUAAGCUUCCUCCUACCUUUGCUUCAUCUCACCCCAUCAGUAUUCAAACCUUAACAAAAAAAUUCCUCUUGCUUUGUGAAGAAAAUGCAGCAGUAAGCGAUUUGUCAAUUUUAUCACUAUCGUUCUGCUCUGACACAUCCAUGAUAUUGUUUACAUCACAGAUGAGACAUUUAUAAAUUGCUGUAACCAUUAAGAUUGAACAUUUGUCUUCAGUUGGUGGCUAAAAUAUUGAGAUGGAUUUUCGCUGUAAACUUUGAGGAUCUUUCCAUUACCUGCCACUAUCGACCGACUGCAUAAAUUCGACAGGAACCUGUUUCCAGGAUACUGAAAUUCCAGUUCAAAAUACAGAUAUUCCUGAACUAGUUACAUCCUUUUUCUUAUCAAUUAAUGGAACACCACAAAUGUACUUUUUAUUACUGUAAAUCAUAAAUUGUAUUUAGGCAUGAGAAUUGAUGUAAAAUGCUAUGAGAGAAAGAACUUACACGUUUUUGGUGGGAUGGAUUUUACACAACAAUUUUCUCAAUGUUGCAUCAUAAGGAACAAUUGCUCUUUUUUGACAUGUACAAAAUUUGAUGGUGUUUCCAUUAUAUCAGCUAGCAAGAAAAAUGCGUUUUCUUCAUAAUUUAUUGCUGUCAAGGAAUAAAAAAAAUUAAGGGAUGGCAGGUUAGCGGGGAGUUAAGUGUUGCAGCAUGUUAGAGCUGAGCUAUGUAGUGGCAGCUUUCAGACUUGUGUUAGUCAUUCCCCCCAUGGUGAAUUUCCCCAUCAGGCCAUCAUGCAGUGUUGAUGGGUAGAUAUUGACGGCUACAUUAGGAGAGGGAGGAAAGGAAAUGUAGAGGGAAGAAUGAACCCCCCUCCUGUUGUUAUGUAUCUCCUCAUAACAGUUACAGAGAAGGUUUGGAAGAUUUUGAGCCUGUCUCUUGGGCAAGGGUGAGGGAACCAAAAGAGAAAAACACAAGAAAAUAGAUAACUUGGAAAAAGUAAAGCUUGUAAAUUACCAAUAAUCUAAUUCCACAUCCCAAUCAUUCUUUGUCAUCCUGUUAGCUUUAUUUACUUUUCUAUUCGGUUCUGCUUUUCUACCAAUUUCUAAUACUAGAGAAUAUAAUGGGCAUAGCAAAUGCGUUGAAAGGAUAUUUUAUGCAAAAAAAAUCUCAUUACACCUAUUAUCAGUUUUAGCAUAUGAUUCAUAUAUUGUUGAAUCUUAAGUGAAAGAAUUUUGGAACAUACAUUGCUGUAAAAAAUUAUUAUAUUCCUUUACUUAAUCUUUAGUUUAUACUUGUGUUGUAUCAAAUUAGUUGAACAUUAUUAGGGACUUUUUUAUUGUUAUGGGUUAAGGUUUUAUUGUAAAGCCACUUCCAGAGUAAUGGUGUUUAGAAAUUGUUUUUUGAUAGUAGGCUAGUCCUUAAUUCUGGUUGGGGAAGCUUUAAAGCAUUUCUUUUGCCAGCCUAUCGGUUGCAUUUGUGAGUAUCAGAGUUCAUGUCACUCAAUCCUGGCUCCCUGAAUUGGGAAAAUGUUAUCAGUUCUUGAGCAGGCUAUUGAAUGGAACACAGAGUGAUCCUGAAGUGUCUGGGAAGCAGGAAGGGACAUCCUCCAGCCUGCUCCAGUCCAGCCAAGGAGGGACCCUCAGAGAGAUGAACCAUAACCUUCAGAUUCCCACUCCUCUUUCACCUGGAAUUUGUCCAUUAUGCUCAAAUAUUCUCUCAAUUUUGAAAUGUUAUGGCUUAAUCUUAUUAUUCAAUCCUUGAAUAACAACACAAAUUCCAAGGUUUUAAGGGAGACAGUAUCUCUCAUAUAAAGCAUAAAAUAGCACAAUAUUCUUAAUUAAGGCAAACAUGUAGUUAAUAUUUUUCAAAACUUAAUUGAAAGGAUGAAAUGCAAGUUGGAAAAAAGGGUGAAUGCCUGUGUCAUUGAGUCAGUUACCCGAGGAGAAUACAGGAACUACAUGGUAACAUAUGUACUGCAAGUGAUUUGUCCUGUGGUGACCACUGUCUUUUGUAAAUCCGUUUAUAUUAGAAAAUGACCAUGAAGAAGUUCCAUCCUUCCUAAAACAACCACAUGUAUGGUGACAAGUGAUCAUCAAAAGAAGAAAACUGGAAAAAAUGAGAGGAAUGAGAAAAAUAUCAAUACGUAGUUCCCAUUUAGAGAAAGGGAGGCUUUAAAGGUUAUGAAUUAUUUUGCUUUCAUGUAAAGAUGUUAAAUAUGACAUGUCAUUGUAUUCAUAUAACAGGGAUCAGAAUGUUAAAUGUAUAUUUUGGUAUUAUUUUAAUAAAGUAGACAUCUUGUUAUUUAA